AUGGCGAAUGCACCUCCCCCGGGUGCACCUCCUCCGGCCGGACGUGCCAGAGUCUUACGUGCACGCAAUUGGAGAACUUAUUGGCGAGGCAGAGUCACAAAUGGUGUUCAGUGGUUACGACAGCAUUUUCUGUUGAUGGUUGCUGCCGGUGCCGGUGUGGCGAGUUGGGCGUGGGUCUGUACACCACUUAAUAUUUUGUUGCGGUGGGCAGGCGGAAUAGUGUAUUAUUAUAAAGCCUAUUGGUUAGCGAACAUUCGCACAUUCGAUAAUAUACAAAGAUGUAACCGAGUAAUGAAGGAAGUAAAGGCUUGGGGACCUGAGUAUGAAUUUUGGGAGACGCACAACACCCGGUGGUGGUUAUAUAUGGCUUGCAAAGGAAAUGAAAGCGGUUGGUCGAGAACACUCUGGGGCAACACGGAUGCCUUCUACAAGAAAAUUAUUGAAGUGGCUAAACUAUUUGUACCCGGUUGGUACAUUAUGCAGUGGGGACUUGCGUGCGUGAUUACAAUCAACUUAACUUGGGCUUUCGUAUACCCGCUGCUUUUUCGACAAGCAAUCCCUAAAAGGGAGUUGGGCCCGAUGGUCCUUGCCUCUGCUACGCUCACAGCCAACUUCCUUUAUGAAGCUCUACUUCAUCAUAUUGAGCGAAGUGUUAUUAUUACUCUCAACUCUGUAGGAAUGUCUAUGCUAAAGGUUUACUUGGGUACUAUCGGCUUCAUCAACUACUUUCCAAUACUCUUGUGGUGCAUACUUCAAUUUGGCAUCCCGAUUUAUUAUAUAUGCUACGGACUGGAGUGGGUACCACUACGCGCUGCAUCAGUGCUAGCUGCACGCCGUACAAGAUUGGCUGCUGCUGGACUCGAAUGGGACUACGUUGGAAACGAACGAGAUGUGGAAGAAUUGGCAUUUAUCAAUCGCCACGAUGGAGAGAGCUUAUGGGCAUACAAACAUGUUUCUUUCACUCUUGCGACAAUCAUUGUUUGGAUUUUAACGCCUGUGACUCAAGUUCUAGAUGCCUUUCGGCCGCUUUGGGUAUAUAUCAAAACUCUCUGGAGCUUGAAACAGCGAGUAGCCAAUCUUACGCAGCAAGCAGCCGAGCUUACACAGCAAAUAACUAACCUUCAUCAUGAGCGAGAUACUGCUAACCAGUCUACGAGACGUUACCUAUUGGAAAAUCUGAGACUUCGAAGGUUGUUGAUCCAAUGCAAAAAUUUGCAUCACAAUUUUAAUGAUCAAGAUGAAACCCUGCGGAGAAUCCAUGAAUUGGAAGUACAGAGAGAUGACAGAAAGGCGGCACAUGAAGAUCUGUUGAGCAAAUAUACAGCAUUGCGUCAAGCUUCAAGUGCUUUAACCUUAGCAGGCGGUCCAGCGAGUACGGUGGAAAGAUUGCUCGAAGCAGCUGCUCAUACAAGAGACUUGCACCGUCGACAAAUCCACACUCUCACUACUUCAGUUGUAGAAAGCGACGCUCAAAUCGCGAUCCUGAAAGAUAGAGUGAAAACCUUGGAAAACGAUCUUAAAGAUAUCAAUGAUGGGAGGGCAACAAUGUUAUGGCGACAGAAGGAAAAGGAAAACACUGAGUUAAGAAAAAAAGCGUACGAGGAAAUCAUGGAACGCGAAGUGAAAAUUAACCGGUUAAGAGACUUGCGAGACGAUAACGCGGCAACAUCGCUUGGUUUAGAUGCAAUAGGACAACAGACUUUGCGAAGAUUGCGAGAGGAAUUAGUCCGGGUAGAGAACGAACUUGCCCAUUCCGAAAUGAUCAUUGAGAAAUUGAAGAAGAAAGAGGCUGAAAUUGAUGAAGACAAGGAAGCUAUUAAGAAGGAAGCACUAUAUGGGGAACCAGAGCGAUUAGGGAAGUUGUACAAGAAUGCAACGAUUCAGGUCGAAGAACUUUCCGAAAAGCUAAAGAGAUUCGACUACUUUGCAGAACCCGAACAUGAUAUUGUGGCUAUUCAACGUCAUUGUAACGAGGAAAGGGAGAGGUUGCAACGAGAAAUCUUGAAUAAGAACCAGCAAAUAUCCACAUACAGGGCGCAAAUUGAUCAUGCAAUGGGUUCCAUGGGCUGGGCUGACAACAAAUUUGAGCCUCUAGACAAAUACUUGGGGUUUGUUUCUGGAGCAAAAGAAGAGAUCAGGCGCUUGGCAGCUGCCCUUCAGCGGCUUGAAUUUCUCAAUCUUGCCCCACAAGGACCUCGCUCGAUACGUCGACUUUCGAUGUUAAACGAUUUGACUCGUGAAAGGGAUCGCUUGCUAGACGAAAGACAGGAUCUGAGAGUGAUACGUAAUGAGCUUUUGGAAAGAACUACCCGAAAUGAAACGGAAUUAGCCAGAUUGAGAGAUCGAGUGACCCGGAGAGACACACAGAUUACUAAUCUAAUAGCACGAAGCAAGGACCUGCAGGUUCAGUUGCGAGAAGCACGAGUGGCAGCACCUCCAGCGGGAGCAUCAAGUAUUGCGGGAAUAUUAGCUCCGACAAUAGUGAUCUUCAUUAGGAAUCUCUUAGCUCUAGAGAGAGAAAUCGGAAGGAGAGGUAGACAACUACCCGAUUUUCCAGAAAUUCCGGGAAUAAAUGGUGUACCAAAAAUAGAACGCGAGCCAGGAGAACUCUCCAUGCUAAGAACCAUCACACGAAUAGUGAAGCGAUUUUCGGAUGUAUCAAGGCUGGUUAGACACAUUGUGCCUCCCUGGCUAGAAGCGGCAAAUGAUUGGGUUGAUGAUGGUACGGACGAUGCGGAGAAUCUGAACGCACUCACGCUUAACAGCAUGUUACAAAUGAAAGACCUUUGGGAUUAUAUUGGAACAUUACAUCGCGAAACUAUCUCUCUUGUCCACGAAGUCUGUCAAGACUUUGGGAUACAACCCCGUGUUCAGAUCCCGCCGAGGUCUAAGUCUCCGUCACCGAUGCCUUCCCGAAGCCCGUCUCCUCCACUCGAUCCUCGGCCUGGGUAUAGAGACCUAUUCCCAGCAGUAUUUACGCGACUUGAGAUGUUUGAUAUGGAGAUAUGGGACGUGUAUCCGCUUGAAAAUCAGUAUACCACUUCUGCGUUGAGUGCUGCGUAUGCUAUUCAACAAUCUAUUCAUGCACAACUACCAAAUCAUCCCGCAGGCAAUCUCACAAUCGCUGAAUUUAGAGGUCACUUGGUGGAUGUACUUGGCAGGAGCAUAGAUUUUUUGGCCACCCCAAUCAAUGAGCGUGAGGUGGCUGAAACCUUGUACAGAAUCGAUCAUUCAUUUGUUUUAAAGACCGUCUCACAAUUUCCACGACGAGAUGGCGGCAUCAAAUACUUUUCUCGUGAGAUAACGUAUCCGAACACCUUGGAAGUAUCUCCGCCAAUGAGAGUCAUCGUGUUGUACCUAUAUGCUUCCCGUUGGCAAGGAAUGAGCCCGAAGCCCGAGGGUCGUCCACUGCCCGAGUCUGAGGAGGAGUCUUCCAGCGAGUCUGAACAUGGCCAGGAUUCUCCAUCACGUUCUGUACCGUUCAACAUAGCAGACUGGAAAUUGGGUCAUCUUGUCUCAGGCUGGACGAUACCUGGACAGGAUGUUUUGCGCGAAAAUUUGUCUUUGAUCUGUGCAGUAGUACGAUCCUUCAAAUUCCAAUAUCCGGGCGUACUAAUCCCUAAUAAUAUGGAUGAAAGCCAGGCCUACGAGAAUAUGUAUCAAAUAUUCAACCAACGCUUUCCACACUGCGAACGGAACUAUACGCCAUUACACCUUAUAUCGGUCUUGGGAAAUAUACUGGAAACCCCAGAUAACAAACCAGAUUUUAUACCGGCAAUCAUCUCGCAUUACGAUAUAGAUGGAGAUGUCGAAUAUUAUAGGCAAAUACUUGGGGAAAAAUGGGAUGUAAAAAGCGGACUAACGGGCAUUCGUCCCCUACUUUAUAUAUUGCAUAACGCCAAUGGUACUUUUGCCGCUAUGCGAAGAAGACGGAAGAAUGAUUCCGAUAGCAUAUUUGCGAUCACAGACUGGUUCCAGGAUGAUGAGCGUUCACCACCAGAUAUUUCACCAACGGGUAUUCCACUACCAGAUUCACCACCAGCUCCACCAACAGGUAUUCCACCACCAGUUCCACCACCAGCUCCACCAACAGGUAUUCCACCACCAGUUCCACCGCCAGCUCCACCAGCUGAUGUACCGCCAGCAGAUUCAGCGCCUGCUGAUUCUCUGCCAGCUCUCAACCUGCCAAGAAUCGAAAAUUACGGCAGGAAUGCCACCAAAGCGCCAUUCGACAGAUCUGGCUGGACCUUUUUCACAGAUAUAGACCAUUUUAACGAAGGCUUAGAACAUGGUUACGAAGACUGGAUACACGACUGCGCCCCGAAAGCAUUGCAGCUAUCUAUGGAACAUCAAUAUAACAGUUCUCUCUCAUUAGAUAGAGUCAAACAACUAUUCAACGAUGUCUUUCCCAAUCACCACAAUGCAUGGCAAGAUGAGCAAGUUGCUAGAAUGCUAUUGCAUCCCGGGAUGAAAGCCAUGAGACCUCAGAUCUCCCUUGCUAUCCUCCAUGGUUUUUUGUACGGCGACUUUACUAUCAUGUUGUAUCCUUGGGAUAAACCGGAUGACUUUUAUGCUCCAUAUAAACGGAUCGUGUAUAUUGCGUCAAUUAGAGAUCUGCGACCUUCACGUAUACGCGGUCGACAGGAUCAUAAACAUCACUGGGUGGGUAUGGCACAUGAGUCAGGAUGCCCAAUACCAAACUUUCCACCCCCGCCUAAACGAAUGACAUUCGUUCCUCCCAAUCCUCCUCCACUGCCAAUGGAAUUGCCUGUGCCAUCGUUAGUAUCAUUGUAUAGACCACUGCUCAACGCAGCCACCGGCGUCGAAAAAUCUACACAAGUUCUUGAAGCCCAUGGCGAUUCGUCUCAUUGGGCUAAUUUUGAUAGUACGGAAGGUUUUGCAGCCAUGUCUGGUCAGCGAUGGGUGCCGCCGCCGUCUCCUGAACGCGUCGAGGUUCCUCUGGCGCUUUUUGGAAUUGAAGAGGUGCUGAAUCCUAAGCUAUCUUUACCAGUAUCACAACCAUUACCAGUACGACCACUCCAAGAUGAACAACCUCGAUACGAACAGCCACCGGGCUUCACGACAGAACAGCUCGAAUUUGCACUUAUGCUUCAGAGGGAACAAGGACGGGCCGAUGGGGAAGGACAAAGACCUAUGGAAGAGAGGAAAGCGAGGGGGAAGGGAAGGGGGAAGGGAAAGGAAAGGGAAAGGGAAGAGAGGCCGGAUACUAGGGCUGUUAAUUUUAGUACCAGUACUGGUGAUUGGGAUCUGGAAGAUGAGCUAUGA